UCCCUAAUUUUUUUUCCUUUUGUGAGGGAACAAAUGGAUAGAUAGUACCUACACAAGGAAUAGUACUGUUGACCCUCUCUCUUUUUCCUUUAAUACUCUUUUUCUUCUCCUCUUUCUUAGGGUCUCAAGAAAAAAGUUUGAAUCUUUCCCAGGUGAUUCAACAAGAAAAAGGAAAAGAAAAAAAAAUGGAGUUGAGAAGUAAAUUUUUGCCUCAAUUCAAGAUUCAACAGCCUGAACUUACUUGGGUUUUCUCUAAACAAGGGAAAAAUAAACCCCUUUUUGUUCUCAACAUUUUUAGCAGGGAGGCUUUUCCCGUUUCAUAUGAUAGAUGGAAAAAUAUUGAAGUACAUUGCAAUAAUGACCAAAGUAUCCGGCAGACACCCCUGUCAAAGCAGGACAAUGCAAAGUUACCCGAGCUAUCUUUUAACCGGCUGCAGCAGACUGAUGAUGGGUACUGUGGAUUGCAAAAGCGGAACUUUGGUCGUUUCAUUGCUCGUGAGGCCAUGCUGGAUGAAGAAUAUUGGACGGCAGCCUGGCUACGGGCAGAAGCUCAUUGGGAAUCUGUGUCCUAUAUGAGGCAUGUUGACGCAUAUAAAAGAAAGUAUGCCGAACAGGAGUUUUAUGCUUUAAAGAGAAGAUGUUCUGGUCAGGAUGGAAAUUGCUUGAAAUGCUUUUGUUUUGUUGCGGUCAAAAAGGAAGAGAAAAAUGUUAGAAGAACAGUACUUAACAGCGUGGUGGGAACUUUGGACCUGACAAUCCGACAAUUUGUACAAAGGGAGAGAUACCCAGGGGAAAUCAAAAGGUUAUCAGCUGUCUUGGCAUGUCAAGAUCCCUUUGAUUCACAUAAAUACGCUUACAUUGCAAAUGUCUGUGUUGCAAAGUUUGCUCGACGUCAGGGUAUUGCUUCAAAUAUGAUACAUUUGGCUGCUGAUGCGGCCGCCUUACAAGGUUUCAAGCAACUAUUUGUUCAUGUAAAUGCAGACAACAUACCUGGCCAGGAACUAUACAAAAAAACUGGCUUUACGAUUGUUGAAGAAGCUUCAUCAUCUCUAUCAAAAGAACAGAGAUUACUUAUGUCCUUGGAAUUAUAAGUUCCAUUGCUACUUCACUGCCUGACUAAAGAGGAUGUGUUAGUUUGUAUAUCUUUGAGUAGACAACUAAUUGUAAUAUAUAUGUUUAGAAAAUUGUAUGAUUUGUAUGAGUUGGGGCUAGCUCAAUUAGUAGUGAGUGAAAGCUAUGUUACAUGGACUAGGGAACGGGUAUGUAUUGGAUACGCGUUAUUUAUGUAUCCAAUACAAGCGCGUACAGUUAAAUUUUUAGUGUAUUUUAAAGAAUUCAAACUAUGUAUUUUGUACUCGUAUCAGACAUUUCAACAUGAAUACGUCAAAGACAAAUGAAGAACUCAUGUAACGUAGGUUGAGAAUUAUUGUUA